GUUUCGGAGCUGUCACUGGCUCUCGGGAGGAGACAGAUGGAGGACAGAGGGCACCGCCACCCGUGAGCAGACGAUCCCACCGACGCACAGACAAAAGAACCGAGGACGCAACAAAGACGCACGGCGGAGGAGCGCGAUGUCCGGGCCUGAGUUGGAGAAGUUGGUCGGGACAGUCAGAGUUUAGGUGCAACAAAGGAACGAAGAAGAAGAAGAAGAAGAAGAAGAAGAAGUAGAAGAAGAAGGAGAAGUUCAUUAAACGCAGAUGGAAGUGAUUUGAGUUUUCCAGUCGACGCGGUGUGUGAGAGGCGUUAAAUGUUUCUCCAGCGCAGCCCAGCGUCCUGACAACAUGACCCGGUUGGAGUGCGGGCGUCACGCGUUGGGACGAAGAGUGUCCCCCCUUCUCUUCUUCAUCGCACUUCUGACGCUCCUGCAAACCUGCAACACGCUGGGAGCAUCACCGGAAGCAGAGGGAUUUCUGCAGGAUCUGCCGCAGUAUGAAGUGGUGCGCCCCACUAGAGUGGAUGCCAGAGGUCACUUCCUGUCCAACUUCCUGUCGCACCACGCUCGCAGAGUGCAGCGGCGGGAAGCCUCGGAGGGACCGGCCGGCUUGGAUCGAGUCUUCUACCAGUUGUGGCACGGCGGCCACAGCUUGAACUUUAACCUCACCCUCAACCCUCACCUGCUGGCUCCAGGCUUCCUGACGGAGAGGAGGUACGGUGGCCUGGAGGGCGCCCAGAUCCGUCCCGCUCGAUCCUCCCAGUGUUACUAUCUAGGAGAAGUGUGGGACGGGGCCAGUGUCAAAGGGAACGCAGCCAUCAGUACCUGCGAUGGACUGACAGGACUGUUCAAGUUGUCCGAUGAGGAGUUCUUCAUUCAGCCUCUGGAGGAGUCGAGCGAGGAGGCGGCGGCGACACAGGCCCACGCCAUCUACAAACGCCACGCCCCCCCUCCCUCCCGGAGUCCACUCGUACAGACGAUCUCAGGGAAUGAAGCGCUCAACGGAACCUGCGGACUCAAAAAUUCCCAUCACAGUGUUGAAGAGCUGGAGCGGCAGCGGGAGCGCUGGGAGCGCCGGCAGCAGAGGAAAAGGAGAAUCCGUCAUCGCUCAGUCAGCAAAGAGAAGUGGGUGGAAACGCUGGUGGUGGCUGACCCCAAAAUGGUGGAGUAUCAUGGGAGCAAAGCUGUGGAAAGUUACGUCCUCGCCAUCAUGAACAUUGUGGCGGGUCUGUUCAGAGAUGCCAGUAUCGGAAACGCAGUCAACAUUGCGGUUGUUCGCCUCAUUCUUCUGGAGCAGGACGAGGACGAGUUAAAGAUCACGCACCACGCCGACAACAGCCUGAGCAGCUUCUGUAAGUGGCAGAAGAAACUGAACAUGAAAGAGGAGCACCCGCUGCACCACGACGUGGCCGUUCUGAUCACCAGGAAGGAUAUCUGCGCUUCCGUCAACAAGCCCUGUGAGACUCUGGGUCUGUCCCACGUGGCCGGGAUGUGUCAGCCGCAUCGCAGCUGCAGCAUCAGCGAGGACACGGGCCUCCCGCUCGCCUUCACUGUCUCGCACGAGCUCGGACACAACUUUGGGAUUCAGCAUGAUGGCAACGGUAAUGACUGUGAACCCAUUGGAAAACAACCUUUCGUCAUGUCUCCACAGCUCUUGUACGGCACCUCCCAGCCCAGGUGGUCGCGCUGCAGCCGCCAGUACAUCACCCGCUUCCUCGAUCGUGGCUGGGGCUGGUGCCUGGAUGACGCCCCGGUGAAGGACAAACUGACAGUGAACGCGUUGCUUCCUGGGGUUCUGUACAGCGCCGCUCAUCAGUGCCGGCUGCAGUACGGAUCUGGGUCCCGGCUCUGUGAUGACAUGGACAACGUCUGCAGCACUCUGUGGUGCACGGUGGGAACGACCUGCCACUCAAAGCUGGACGGGGCGGCGGAUGGGACGAGCUGCGGUGAGGACAAGUGGUGUUUCAGUGGGGAGUGUGUACCGUUGGGAUUCAGCCCUGAGAGCAUCAACGGGGGCUGGGCGGCCUGGAGCGAGUGGUCGGCCUGUUCCAGGACGUGUGGUGCCGGCGUCCGGGGCGCUGAAAGGGACUGUGACAACCCAGUUCCCAAGAACAGAGGGAGGUAUUGUCUGGGAGAGCGACGGCGUUACAAGGUGUGCAACAUCUCCCCGUGUCCCCCCGACCUGCCCUCGUUCAGGAGCGUCCAGUGUGCGCACUUCAACAGCCUGCCGUACAAGGGCACGUUCUACAAGUGGGAAUCAGUCAUCAACCGAGUGAACCCUUGUGAGCUUCACUGCCGUCCACUCAACGAGAACUUCUCUGAGAAGAUGCUGGACGCCGUCGCCGAUGGAACACCGUGCUUCGAGGGCAACAAAAGCCGGGACAUGUGCGUCAACGGCAUCUGCAAGAAAUUAGGCUGCGACUACGUGAUCGAGUCGGGCGCCGUGGAGGAUCGCUGUGGGGUUUGUCAUGGCAACGGCUCGACCUGUACCACUGUGAAGAAGACGUUUGAGGAGAGUGAAGGACUCGGCUAUGUGGAUAUCGGACUGAUCCCAGAGGGAGCCUGGGACAUCCGGAUCGAGGAGGUGGCUGAGGCUGGUAAUUUCCUGGCGCUACGAAGCGACAACCCAAACAAGUACUUUCUGAACGGCGGCUGGACGAUCCAGUGGAACGGCGAGUACAAGGCAGCGGGGACGGUUUUCACUUAUGUGAGGACGGGACACCUGGAGAACCUGACGUCUCCCGGGCCCACCAUGGAAUCCCUGUGGAUUCAGCUUCUCUUUCAGGAGACCAACCCAGGAAUCCGGUACGAGUACGCAAUCAGUCAAAAUGCCUCACAGGACAACAACCCAGUUUUCUACUGGAAAUAUGGUUCAUGGACCGAGUGCAGUGUCACCUGUGGAACAGGUGUUCACGGGCAGAUUGUUCACUGUGUGGAGAAGACAACUGGGAUCGUGGAGGAGCAGUUCUGUGACCCCUCAACCCGGCCCGACGAUAACCGAACCAGCUGUAACAAGGAGCUGUGUCCAGCCAUAUGGUGGGUUGGGGAGUGGCAGAGGUGCUCAGCCAGCUGUGGGAGCUCGGGCCUGUCUAAAAGGACCGUGCUCUGCGUCCAGGCCGUGAGUGUGGAGGAGCAGAAAGCCCUGCAGCCCAGUGACUGUGAACACAUGCCCAAACCUGAGUCUCUGUCCUCCUGCAACACAGACAUCCCCUGCCCAGCCGACUGGACCACUGGCAGCUGGUCAAAGUGCUCACUGACUUGUGGAGCUGGAGCUCGUCGGCGUAACGUCACCUGCUCCAGAAACACCGGCAUCGACUGCGACCCCCAAAAGAAACCCGUGUCCGUCGGCCCCUGUAACACUCAGGACUGUCCGCCGGUUGUGGAUAACUUUGGCGGUCUCGACUGGUCGGGCAGCGGCUGGCCCAGCAGGGAGGUGCUCAACGAAAUCAACUCCAUACCCCAAGUUAAACCUCCGUCCAAGUACAGCACCACCAGAGCCCAGCCGAGAACUCAUAAUGACCUCAACAACGCUGUGGAGGGAGAUUUUCACUACCACAACAACAUUGAGAAUACAAAUCACAAGCCUGUCCAAGUGGAUGAUUUCUACUAUGACUAUAACUUCAUCAACUUCCAUGAGGACUUGUCGGACGACUUUGAUGGGAAAGAUCUGGAGGACGGUCGCAGGUUGGAUCCCCGACAGGAGGACACGUCAACCCGCAGCACGAAUGACAACGCCCCCAUGGAAAGUACGAGAGCUCCCACGGCUGCUUCAGACGUUUUUACAAUUUCAAAGGCCACUGCCCACACAGUGAACGCUGAAGAGCCGCAGAGCACAAAGGUGGACAAUGUGAGGGACGGUGGAAACGAGUCUGCAUCAACGAAUUCUGAAAAUUUGGACGACUACUUCUCUGAAGAUUAUCUCCUCCCCGUGUCUGCUACCCGCUCUCCGCCCCCGUCUACAACUCAGCGUUCACAAACGCCAAAGGAGAGAGAGGACGAUGUGUGGUGGCCUGAAAACAUGAGCUCAAGUCCCAGUCUGGGAUCCACUACAGAGGAGCCGACACAGGAUGUAACACGGAGACAAUACGUGGAGGAGUAUGACAACAACUACGACUAUUUCCCAGAGGAAGAAACUCACUCUGAGGAUGUCACUGUGACUCCAACACAUCCUGCUCCUGCUCCCAGACAACAAACAGUUGUUAGCACUACUGUCGCCACAACAGUGAGCAGACAGGAGGUGGAGAAAGGUGAUUACUAUUAUGAUGCGUACAGUUACAAUGAAGAAAGAACACCAGGCCCAGAUAUCUCUGCAGAAUCAGACUAUGACGAGAAUCCAGAACCUCCCACGCCAGAAACUAUAAUUCAUGUUAAGACACAAGUCCAGCUGGAUGAGGGCCCUUCAGAAAUACCUCAAACAACCAGUCGACCAACAUUGAUUCCAACGACCUUCCCAUCGGGGGAUCUGAACUCGGAUCAGACUCAUUUUAACAAGGUACAUGCCACUAGUGAGGGAGAGUCCUGGGACUCUGACCUUGACCUCAGCACAACCUCGAGUCCUUCCCCUUCUCCCAGUCUGUACACCUCAGGUCACCGAGAGGCCUCCGAUGACUCUACAUCAUUAACUGGUUCAAACAUCAGACCUCCUACCAACCUAGAGGGAGCCACUCAACCUCCACCUGCUGGUUUCCUUCCAGCUGAGAUGGAAGAGAUACCGACACAACCUGCUUUCACUGGGACAACUGGAACCUCCUCCACGUCCCAACCUCCACCCUUUGAUUUAGCUGAUUUCGACUACAAUGACAUCCUCGCCCCCCCGAUGGUGAGGGGCAGCGACCCUGGCUCUUCUCAUCACUUCCCGACGACCUCUGCAACGACCCCUGAACUCACCUCACCUCCUCUGCAGCCACAUCUUCCAGGUCCGACAUCCCCCCGAACUUCAGCUGCCACGCCACCCACCACCGCUGCCCACUGGCUCGCCAGCAACUGGAGCGCUUGCUCCACCAGCUGUGGUCUCGGUGCGAUCUGGAGGAGUUUGGCCUGUAGCACUGGCUCCGACUCCGACUGCGACCCAGCCAAGAGGCCCGCUCCGGCCCAGAGGUGCUACCUCCGCCCCUGCUCCAUGUGGAAAGUUGGGGAAUGGAGCAAGUGCUCCGAGAACUGUGAAGGUGGCGUUAAAUCCCGAGAGGUCCAGUGUUUUGACAUGAGGGAUCAGAGGCCCCUCCGACCUUUCCACUGCCGGGCCAUGUCCUCCAGGCCUCACACCCAAAUACCCUGUGAGGUUCAGCCCUGUCUCAACUGGUACUCGUCCUCCUGGGGUCAGUGCUCUGAAGUGUGCGGAGGAGGCGAGCAGCAGCGUAUAGUCACAUGUCCUGAAGAGGAUCGAUGUGACAGGAACCUUCAACCCAGCAACAUCCAAUCAUGUAACAGCCAGCCGUGUGCUCAGUGGCUCACUGGAUCAUGGGGACAGUGUUCGGCCUCUUGUGGCGGCGGAGUUCAGCACCGACUCAUCGAAUGUGUCGACACUAAGGCUGAGACAGAAGAGGAAGUGGAUCAGGCUCGGUGCGACCACGAGCCGCCGCCUGAGAGCACCCACAAGUGCAAUUUACAGGAGUGCGAGAGCGCCCCCUCUGGAGCAGUUUGUCUUCGGGACCGGCUGACAUUCCGUUUCUGCCACACUCUCCGCGUGCUGGGCCGGUGCCACUUGUCCAACGUGCGAGCGCAGUGCUGCAAAACCUGCAGCCAGCGUUCCCGGCCCAGCGGAACAUCUCCCGCUGAGGUGCAACAACAAAACCCCCACUCACACCCCAGCGCGGGACACUGACUGCCCCACUGAGUGAUGAAAAGUACUGAAAAGUUUUAAAGUCGACAAUCUGAGCCUCCUCCUCUUGUCUUCACAACUACAGACACAUCAUGAAUCAGUCAUAUUCCAAAACAGCAAAAAUUUGGAACCAAUUAUACAAUCGAAUGAGGCUGUAAGAAAUUGGAAAUAUAUAACGAAUCGUAGCCUUUUCUCUUAGUUAAACAAUGAUAAUGUAAACAUAUGUUUUGCACUUAUUAUUAUUGUUAUUGUUAUUAUUCCGUCUGGACAGAUUUAAUGAAUCAAUAUGUCUUUGUAACAGAUGUGGUGCUACAUGAAAUAGAAGAGUCGCCCUGAAAUGUAGCCAGUGUCAUAAUACAUCAAUUCAUGUGUAGAUAAACCACUUAUUAACCGUUGGUACAAUGCUUUCAAGUUAUUGACAGCAGCAGAGAGUGUAUAGAUUGAAUCAGGUAUAACAUUCCCUAUGUGGUUUUACGUUAAAUGUGGUACAAGUUCAAUAAGUGGUGCACAAGCUCCUUGUGUGACGUUAAUAAAACAGCUGACCGCUCGCUAAGCCCUGCCCCCCCCUCCUCUUAGAUUAAGAUGCUAUGUGCCUGUCAGGCUUUACAUCACCUGCAACAGUGGUUUUGAAACAACGUGAGCUGGAUUUCAGGAAGAAGUUGACAAAAGCCCCUGCGAAGAAAGAAAUUACAAAACACAACUUGUUGGGAAGAAGGGUGAAACUAGGCUGUCACUCAGCCCAGCACACGUCUCCACCAAGGCCAUGAAUUCAAUCCCGCUGUGCCACAUUUCACACACUCAGAUUCUAUAAAUCUUUUAUGAAUGACUGUUUUUCAUCAAGAUCCUUGAGUUAUUCCCUGGGGAAAUAGUGAAAGGGUGACCAAGAAAAAUGUUCUAUGUGUCAACGUUACAGGAGAUGAGAAAAACAUCCUCCUGUCUCAUCCUCCCACCAAGUUUUCAGAUUCUGUGGUUUUUUUGUGCUGACAAACAAAUAUAACUAGGAUGUCAGUCAGUAAAGUUCAUACCGCUUCAUACCUCUGUGGAGGCCCAACAGUCCCUAUAGAUUAAAUCAAACUGUAACACAUUUCAAACACUCAUAGAUUUUAUUAAUAUUUCAUCAAUGAUAUUUAUUCAUCAAGAUCCAUUAAUUAUUCCACCAAGACUCUUGGAAAUACAUUCAGUUGUCUGUGUGUCGUCUUGCUCAUAAACAAACACACAAAUCAACUAGUACACAAUCGGACAGUCAGAGAUAUUAUCUGAGUUCAUCCACAGCUUGAGAGUUUCCGCUCCUAAGCUGUGAUUGGUCAGUUGAUGUCUGGUGGAGCAGGUUUUAGCAAACGGUCAGUUAAAAAACAUCCGAUGUCCACAGCAGCUUGUAAGAGUCCUUUCCUGGUUUUUAAAGCCAAUGUAUCAGUUACAGUUGAUGUAAACUUCUUUUUUUUUAUGUCACAAAGUAAAAUGUGAUUUGUGAAAAGUGGAGGUGCGGGAGAUUCUUGGUGCUCGAGGCCACGCAGGUCGGGUAUUGGCAGGGCCAGUGCCUCAUCUACUUGAAUAUUGGGUCAUUUGAUGUCAAUAUGUGUUUAUUAACCACUUGAUUUGAAAUGGAGUCAAAUUCAGCAUUUCAGAAUAAAUGUGUUUUUUAGAAGCAAUUGUGAAAAUGUUUAAAGUGACACAUCAUAUUUGGUUGAAUAAGUCUUUAUUAUGACUUAUUCAACCUGAUCCUUGUAGUUUCCGUUGUGUUAUUGUAUUGGCUCCUUCGUCUGUUGUGCUUCUUCAUACAUUCAGAAAAAAAUCCUCACUGACACUCACUGUGUGUGUGUGUGUGCUCUUGUACAGCUUCUUUGUGAGGACCAGUUUGAGUCUACAACCUACGGAGGACCUCACUUUUCCAAAAUGUCCUCACUUUGUGACCCCCUUUAAUGGACUGUUUGGGGGUUAAGACUUGGUUUUAGGGUUAGGGUUAGACUUAAGUUAAGGUUAAGGGUUAGGUUAAGCAUUUAGUUUGGAUGGUUAGGGUAAGGGGCUUGGGAAUGCAUACCAAUUAGUGUCCUCACUAAGAAGCUGUACGAACACGUGUGUGUGUUGCACUUAAGUCUUUGCAGCAGGAAUUGAAAAGUAGCUCAGACUCAUCAAUGCCGCCGCCUCCAGGCAACCUCCUAUAUUUCUAUAUAUUGGACGAAAAAUUAAUUGCAUGAGGAAAAAAUAGAUUAGAAAGAAUCUAUUUUCUUUUGUGAAAAUAGAUUGGAUGAUAUUCUACCAUGAAUCCAGCCGUGUCUGUGCUGCUCUAACUUUUCUGUGCUGGUGGAGACGAUUGUUAACAAACAUCUGGAGUUAUUUUCUGUAACUAUUGAAGCUAAACUGAUGUCAGACGUAACAAAACCUCUCUGUUGACCGACGUACGCUGUGUCCUCAGGCAACAAUCACCACCGGAACCAAAGUGUGGCGACAUCUCACAGUUACAAGUCAUUCUUUAUUAGGUAUUAUUAUUUGAUACUGUGUAGUUCUAAUGUGUAUUAAAAGUAAAAUAUAAAUAUCUUGUCUACAUAUAUUAUGUAAAUGGUUAAUCAAUAUAUUAUAUAUAUAUAUUUGUUUGAAAUUGGUUCUAAAUUCUACUGUUAAAACAAGUAAUUGGAUCAUCAUCA